AUGGCCAUUCACAGACAAACAUCAAAGAUGUCACUGUAUCUCGUUUGGAUUCUUCUGGGGUUCAGUCUUGGUGCCCCUCCAACUGAUUUAGAUCUUGAAGCAUUUGGCCUGGAGAAUUAUGAUGACCCAGACUCUUGGGAUCUGCACUAUAAUUAUGAUGAUGAGGAUGAGGAGGUUAAGACAGUAGCUCCUCCAACAGCUGUCACUCCUCCACCUGCUGUGGUUGUUCCUGAAAACUAUGUGGAGGAAGUGACUCUGCCGCCUCGUCCCACGAAAUCACCUGUUCCUUCAACUCUAGACUUCAAAGCACCAGGCCUGUUUGGACCGGACACAGGCUUAGGUAUGCCCACAUGCCUUCUGUGUGUGUGUAUCAGCGGCAGCGUUUACUGCGAUGACUCAGAUCUGACUCACAUUCCCCCUCUUCCCAAAGAAACCACACACUUCUACGCUCGCUUUAACAAGAUCACAGAGAUCAAGGCCACAGACUUCAUCAAUCUCAAUCAGUUGAAGCGGAUCGACCUAAGUGGAAACCUGAUUGGUAAAGUGAACGAGGAUGCUUUUCGUUCACUGCUUCAACUUCAUGAUCUCAUGAUGGCCGACAACAACAUUCAGGCUCUUCCUGAACUCCCAGCUUCCCUCAAGCAUAUCGACAUCCGCAAUAAUAAGCUGAGGAGUUCAGGCAUGCAUUCUGAGGCCUUCAAGGAAAUGAAGGAUCUUCAAUUUCUUUACCUGUCACACAACAAGUUAGACUACAUUCCCGUACCCCUACCUGAGAGCCUACGAGUGCUCCACCUGCAGAACAACAACAUACAGAGCAUAACCCAAGACACAUUCUGCAACAGCCAUGACAAGAACUACAUACGGAAAGCUCUGGAGGACAUCAGGCUUGACGGCAACCCGGUGGACAUCAAUCUUUAUGCCCAGGCAUAUUUCUGCUUACCACGAUUACCUGUAGGAACUCCAGUCUAGAACAGCAUCCCUUUCUUUUCCACAGGCCACAGAAUAAUAAUAUGAAGCAAGGAAUUGAAUUACUUUAAAAUGUCACCCAAUCAAUAUC